UCAAUAUGUCUGCGCCCAUGCGUUGGAAAUCAUUUGCAACGAAGUUUUGACGAUCACCGAUCAGAUAAAGGUACAACAAAUGAGAAGUUAAAAACGGUGAGUGGAUUUAUGCGAGAAGGACAAACUUUUUCGAAGAAAAUAUUGUGAAGAUGGCAUUAAAUAAAUUCAUGCAUCCAAGAAAUCCAUAUAAAGACAAACCACCAAAUUUCAAGAAUCUCUCACUUAGAUAUCCAGAAUUUGCCAAAUGUAUUUUUCAAGAUUUGAAAGGAAAAUUUCACUUGGAUUACAAGAGUCCAACAUCCCUAAGACAGCUGGCUAUUGCACUUUUGAAAGAGGAUUUUGAUUUGGAUGUGGAGAUGCCACUUAAUAGGCUGAUUCCCACAAUUCCAUUAAGACUUAACUACAUUUUAUGGAUUGAGGAUAUUCUGAAAGAAGUGUCGGAUGUCAAACUUAAAGGCAUAGAUAUAGGAACUGGGGCUAGUUGUGUGUACCCGCUACUCGGCUGUAAGAAAAAUGGAUGGGGUUUUCUGGCUUCAGAGCUUGAUGAAACAAACUUUAGCAUGGCUGAGAAAAAUGUCCAAAAGAACAACAUGCAGGAGAAAAUUAAAGUUAAAAAGGUUUCUGGGAAAACUGCACUUCUGGAGCUAAUGGCCGGUGAAUCUGAUCAGUAUGACUUCUGCAUGUGUAACCCUCCAUUUUUUGCGGAUCACAUGGAGGCGCAGGCCAUCACAUCCUCCCGAACAGAUGACCGAGCAGAACCAACAUCCAUCAAUACAGCCAGUGUUGGAGAAAGCAUCACAGAGGGAGGAGAAGUGGAGUUUAUCCAUAAAAUCAUUGUCGAGUCCAUAAAACUUCAAGGGAGAAUAAAAUUUUUCACCAGCAUGAUCGGGAAAAAGACUAAUUUGCUACUGGUGAAAAAGGAUCUCCGUGAUCACAAGAUUCCAAAUUACCAGACAACAGAGUUCUGCCAAGGGAAGACAAUGCGAUGGGGAGUAGCUUGGACUUUCGACGCAAAUGUUUCAUUUCCUAGGUCAUUAUUUCAAGACAACAAGCGGAACAAGAAACUGGCUGUUCCAUUGACUUAUGCUGUUCCACAGUCUGCUGUCUCUGUCUAUGAUGUGGAGCAAGUGACUGAUAGAGUGCUGGGAUUGAUCAAGGCAUUACAGAUUGAGUACAUAAAGUCCAAAGAUGGUAAGACCAACAUUCACUUAAAGCUGACAGCAUACGAGAAUACAUGGUCACAUCUACGACGUAAACGCAGGGAAAUGAAAAGGAAAGGGGAGGAACAAAAUACUGACUGCAUAAGUAAGAAGAAACGAAAGAUUGACAGACCACAAGAAAUUUCUGAAGACGCUGGUUUGAAAAAUCAAAAUAAUGGUAGUAAUUUGAAAAGAAAAAGUGGUUCAGACAAUGAGACUGAGCAUGCAAAUAAAAUACGCAAAAUAGGAGAGAAUUUAGUGUUUCCUGAAGGAGACAACAAAAUACGCAAAAUAGGAAAGAAUUUAGUGUUCCCUGAAGGAGACAACAAAAUACGCAAAAUAGAGAAUUUAGUGUUCCCUGAAGGAGAGAACAAGUCUGGAGAUAAUGAAAAGGCAGGUGGUCCAGGAAUAAUGACUAUAAAGUCCGAGGAUGAGGGUAAAGUGAGUGCACCUGGCACCAGCAUGUCCAGUGAUCCGAGUACACCCAAUGUGUCCAGUGUUCCGAGUACAUCUAGCGUGUCCAGUGAUCCGAGUACACCCAAUGUGUCCAGUGAUCCGAGUACACCCAAUGUGUCCAGUGAUCCGAGUACAGCCAAUGUGUCUAGUGAUCCGAGUACAGCCAAUGUGUCCAGUGAUCCGAGUACAGCCAAUGUGUCCAGUGAUCCGAGUACAGCCAAUGUGUCUAGUGAUCUGAGUGCACCCAAUGUGUCUAGUGAUCUGAGUGCACCCAAUGUGUCUAGUGAUCUGAGGGCACCCAAUGUGUCUAGUGAUGCAGUAGGGAGAGACAAAGACCUGUUCCUUAUUAAAUGUGACUUGUUCAUUAAAGUAACCUCUCAAGCUAUCAAUAUAGAGAUGGUGUAUGAGGAUGGACAAAAAGACCAGAUGAAUCAGAUUCUCCAGUACAUAAAGAAUCACUUACCUAAAUAAAUAACUGUAUACCUACAUUCAUUAAUGAUUUCCAUUACAUAAUUCAGUAUGUAUUUUGUUUAUGCAAAUUAAAUUCAUGUUUCUGGA